UUUAAAAUAUUUGUACGGAGCCACAUGAGUGCGAAACACCGCCACUAGAGUAUCUCUUAUGUCAGCUUUUCGCCAUACUCGAAAAGUGUUCAGUCCAUCAUAGACCGUUGUCUUAGCAGUAUACUGAAACUGGCUGAUGCUACGGAAAUUUACAACGACUAACAGUACUCCACGCAAUUUCGAAAAAAGAAAAAUAAGAAAGAUCUAGAGAAAUAUAAAAAGGAAAUGGAUGCAGGAGUGAAGUCACCCUGUACGAUUAGCACGUCCGUUAAGUAUGGUCUUCAUUUUGCUGGCAUUUGGCCUGGCACGCCUUUUCCAGGUGUACACAAAUUCUUUUGGGUGACGUUUAUGCUCAUAUUUCAAACGUAUCAGUACAAAUACGUUAUCGCGCAUUUAAAAAUCGACACGCUGUUGGAGACGAUAGAUAAUCUGAGCAUCGCAAUGCCGUUCAGUUUGGUGUGCAUCAAGUUAAUAGUCGCUUGGACCAAUCAUGGGGUGCUCACCGAAAUUUUAUCAACAAUGAAAGAGGACUGUCGGAAGUACGCUGUGAUCGAUAAAAAUAAUUUUAUACCAAAAACAGCGCAGCUCUCUUAUCGUUUAACAAGUCUAAUUAUGUCUGUCUACGUGUCGUCCGUGGUUUUUUACGCAGCUGGUGCAUUUGCAUCUAAACCGAGCAAUGAUUCCAUGCCUCGAGAGCUUCUUCUCAAGAUGGACUUACCCUUCGAGACCAGGGAUUCCCCCAUUUACGAGGUCGUCGUGUCUACACAGUUCCUCCACCAAAUGACGUCUGCAUUCACGUUUGGUGUCUUCAGCGCCAUGCUGCUAAUGAUGACACUUCAUGUAGGCUGUCAAAUUGACAUAAUCUGUCGGACACUAAAGGAUUCGUCCAGAAAGAAAAACCAGUUGCGUUUCUUCAUUAGCAGACAUCAAGAGAUCAUCCACUUUACAGAGAGAAUUGAAAAAUUGUUCACGUACAUAGCGCUCAGUCAACUUGUGUCCAACACUCUAAUCACCUGCUGUUUAGGAUUCCUCAUUAUGGUUUCGUUGAACGCUGAAAAUGGACUUCCUAUACUGAUCAAAUCCAUCAUGUUUUAUCUUUCCAUUUGUUUAGAAGCGUUUAUUUAUUGCUUCGCUGGGGAAUACCUCAAUACCAAGAGCAAAAUGAUUGGUGACGCGGCAUAUGACUCACUGUGGUAUGACUUAUACCCCAGUGAAAAUCGAUUGUUAGUCAUUUUAAUACUGAGGUCACAAAAAGGGCUCACUCUUACUUUUGGGAAAUUUUCGAAACUGUCUUUGGAAAGCUUCACGGGGAUUAUGAAAGCUUCAGCAUCUUACAUGUCAGUACUACUCGCCAUGUCUUGAAACGAAAAAUCUGCAAGUAUUGUAUGUACAUACGUAUAGUUGACUGUGAUCUAGAACUCGUAAUAAAACAAGGGAAUUAUUCUUUGAUUCUGUUAUGAAUGUUUCCGAAGAGACGUAUGAGAGAGCUUGGUAACAAAGAGGAACUUUCAUAUAAUAUCGUAUAAUACGAUAAAUCACUUCAUCUGGGAUGUGCAACUCAAUGGCAUGAGGGUUUACGGCGAGCCAGGUACUAGGGCCACUAUGAUACGCGAAGACAGUGACGUCACAGAGCGAGUGCGUGGCAUUGGCCAUGAAUUUAAAAAAAUUAAUUAAAUUCUUGCUUAUUCGCAUUUAUGCUAGUAUCUUUGAA